AAUUAGUGCGUGCAAUGUACACAAUGGGUAUUCAAUCAUUUCUCUAUAAUUGUAAUUACAGGAUUUACAACAAAUCUUGUUGAUUAAAUGCCUAUGGAGCGACGUUAUAGGAUCGUAUCUAGCAAUACCUAUCGAUUAGCAAUAUAUCGACUCAUGAGCUCGGAAUACGCAAGUCAGAGCAGUUGGCGGGCAUAGAAGGUCGGGCUGUUCGUUCAGUCAGAAGCAACAGGCAGACACGAUGGAAGAAACCAGAGUAGCGGUGGUGACAGGAUCCAACAAGGGCAUCGGUCUGGCCAUCGUCAAGGACCUGUGCGCGAAUUUCGAGGGCUGCGUGUACCUGACUGCUCGCGACGAAGAGAGAGGCUUGGAGACUGUGGAGGCGCUUCAGGAGGAAGGUCUUUCGGUUCGCUUCCAUCAGCUGGACAUCGACGACGAAGAGAGCAUUGCCACCUUCAAGACGCACCUCGAAGAAACCUACGGAGGUCUGGACGUUCUUGUCAAUAACGCUGCCAUCGCCUAUAAAGGAUCCGCGACGGAGUCAUUCGGAGAGCAAGCCGAGAACACCAUCCGCGUCAACUUCUUCGGCACGCUCGCCGUCUGCCGCAGCCUCUUCCCUCUGCUGCGACCCCACGCCAGGGUAGUCACGCUGUCCAGCUUCGUGGGCUUCCUCCCGAGGGUGAACGGGGACGAGCCGCAGGCGUUCAGCCUCAGGGAGAAGUUGUCCUCGGAUGAACUCACCGAGGACGAGCUGAGCGAUCUCAUGAAUCAGUUCGUUGAGACGGCAAAGGACGGGACCUGGACGGAAGCAGGGUGGCAAAACAGCGCCUACUCAGUCAGCAAAGUGGGAGUGACAGCCCUGACCCGCGUCCAGCAGCGAGCCUUCGAUGAUGACUCGCGUGAAGACCUCAUAGUGAACUGUUGCAACCCGGGGGCCGUGGUGACCGACAUGAGUUCGCAAAGGGGUGUUUUCACCGCCGAACAAGGAGCCGAAUGCCCCGUCUACUUGGCACUUCUCCCUCCAGACGUCGAGGAGCCAAAGGGUGCCUACGUAUGGCAUGACAAGCAGGUUGUGGACUGGGUCAAAGGUCCGUUGCCAGGUCCUUACUGAAUGUGAAAAAGGUCACUUUGAUACCGCUUUCAGUACUGAACUACGUGAACGGUCAUAUAUCUAUGGAACAACAACUGAAGCACAUGGUUGAUUAUUCAGAGAUAAUGAGUAAACAGAAAAAUAAUUGUAUGUAAAGGAACCAAACAAAUCUGUUCUAAUGUUCUCUGUUUAUGUAGUAUGCAUAUAUAACCUUUUUAGGAAUACUAAACCAUAUAUGACUGGAUAUCAGUUCAUAUUUUUGCAUCUGAGCCUUUAAUCACAGUAAUGCUUAACCUUACUUUUUACAAAUGUCAUUCAAAACGAAACACUGUUUUCUUUCAAUAAAUGCAAUUGCAAACCA